AUGGCAGAGGAAUUGGCGAUCAAUCCUGGGCCCACAAACACUAGUUUGUUGUAUCUUACUGGGGAAGGAGCACACAUUUCAGAUAAAGUCUGGAAUGGACAAACAAAUAAAAUUCUCAAAGUUCGACGAUCACGUGAUUCACGAGUUGUGCAUGAGAGACUCAUACGUAGCGUUCCCGAGGCAAUUAGAGGUCACCUUGAAGCUGCAGGUUUUUACCACUGUGCGCUAGUCUCAGAUGUUUAUCCAGACCCUCCCUUGAUUUCAGCGCUCAUUGAAAGGUGGCGUCCCGAGACGCACACUUUUCACCUCCCGUUUGGAGAAUGCACCAUAACUCUUCAAGAUAUUGCAGUUCAGUUGGGCUUGAAGAUUGAUGGUGACGUUGUCACAGGUCCCACCUCUUGUAAUUGGCCUGUCAUCGUUGAAGAAUGUUUAGGAAAGAGACCACCAGCAGAAGCUAUUAGAGGAGGUGCGUUGAAAAUGAAGUGGAUAAAUGAGAAUUUUAACGAUGUGCAAGACUUCAUUGACAAUCCUCAGGAUUUGGCAUGUUUUGCACGGGCAUACAUCAUGCGCAUGCUUGGAGGUUUUCUCUUACCUGACCAUAGCGGGUCCCAUGUUCCUCUAAGAUAUCUUCCUCUUUUGAGGAAUUUUGAGGAAGCUGGAAAAUAUAGUUGGGGUUCUGCGGUACUUGCCCAUCUAUAUAAGGAAAUGUGUAAUGCAAGCAAAAUCUCACGUGUGGAGAUCGGUGGUUGUGUACAACUCAUCCAAUUCUGGGUCUGGACGAGAUUUCCUGAUGUUGGCCCCCUCAAAGAACUCAACGUUAUCAAAGAAGGUUGCCCUCUUGGAGCCAGGUGGAGAGAAGAUGCUGACUGGAUAAAGUAUCAGUUGCCGUACUGGAGGCAUUACCUUGACACACUUAAAACUGAACAAUUUGUGUGGAUGCCUUAUCCACAUAGUCUCUUGCAGCAACUAUCUCCAAUAUGUCGGGACAACAUGCAUUUGUGA